CCACUAAGCGAAUGACGAAUACGGUUAGUUGAAAACUCCAAGCUAUCUUUCGCCCCUCCAUAAGUUUGUAGCAUUCGCAGGAACGUUACAACAGAACAUAUUUACAAUAUUUGGUAACCUCAAUUAGCAACAAGUUUGAAGAAAUAAUUACAUACAUAUGCAAUAUUAUAAUACAUAUCUGCGUAUAUAAUAUGGUAAAAAAUUGAAAUUGGGAUUAGGUUCUAGCUUUAAUCUGUUCAAUAGUUUAUAUGGCUUUUAAACUAUUUGUUAUCAGUACCUAUCUUAACGUAAAAUGAUAUGAUAAUAUAUUGUUAAAUUUAGAUUUCUGUGUUUGGUAUGAUACGAUCCUGAGAAUCUUAAACGCAUGCGUGAAUAUAUGCACAUGCACGUGAAUGUGAAUAUAUAUAUGUAUUGUAUAUGAAUCACACGUUAUACACAUACACACAUAUGUUAUUAUUCACUGUUAUUUUUGGAGAUUCAUAUCAUUUGUCAUUUCUGAUCUUUUGAGUGGCUGGUGAGAAUAUAUGGUUUGUUUCUAAUUGGAAUUAAAAAUGACCGAGAAGGAAUUAUAUUUAUUUUCUAAUGGAACUAGAGAGUCAGUAACCAAUAAAAAUUAUACAGCACCAGUAAGGUUAUGGAGAAAAUUACAAAUAAAUGAGUGGAUUUUUAGUUGUUUACUCUUCAUAAUGUCAUUGUCUAUUGUUUUGGGAAAAUUAUAUAUUAAUUACGGGAAUAUUGUCCAGCUACAAAAUAAUUUUAAAUAUAUAAUGUCACCAAUAACUAUGUUUUCAAAUAUCUCUAAUGUAUUUGAUUUAUCAUAUACGUCUGGUGUAUCAGAAUUUAAUGUAAAACAAUUAACCACUGUGAAUGAAAAGUUUGUUAAUACUAGUCAAUACGAUGAUGUUCUGAAUGUGAUGACAUCAGUUGUUAAAACAUAUGGAUGGUUGAUAAGAGCAGCAGUAUGUGGUCUCAUAAUGAUGGGUUUUACUUGGUUUAUAAUUUACAAAGAUAGCAGUAUUCCUGGUAUCAAUCCACCUUCCCCUUUUAGUCCUUCUAAUCGAAGAUUUCCAAAAACAUCAGGGGUGCAAGUGAAUUAUUUGAUUGGAAUAUUAAAUGGAAUAUUGAUAUUUGUGUACAUGUGUCUCUAAUAACUUAACUCUAAAGUAUGAUAAUGUGGUAGUGUGUACACAAUUUACAAACUGUUGUACAACACUCUGCAGUGAUUCUGUUUCUUUGUUAUUUAUGUUAACUAUUCUACUUAUUCUAAAUAUUAUUUUCUCUGUAUAAUAGAAUAUUUAAUUUAAUAAUUAAAUUCUUAUUUAUGUUAUUCAAAUUGAGAAAUAUUUUUGAUAAUGAAACAGGUAAUAUUGUAACAAAUAUUUAUUGUGCAGGAUGUUUUUAACGACACAGUAUUUUCUUACAUACAUAUAUUAAAGUAAGAAAAUAAAUUCUAUUCACGGUUCAAAAAUAAACAGUAAUUUCCUGUAUAUAGUAUUGCAACAUUAUAAAAUGUAUGAUUUGUUUUGUCAUUUUAUCAAUGCAAAAAGUAUUACACUAAAUUAGAAUCUGUUAAAAUAAGUAAUAUAUAAAUAUUUAAUAUAUGCAGUUUUAAAAAGUACAAAAUUCAUAUAUUGUGAUUUAUGAAUUUUUGUAUACCAUCCAAUGUCUAUACUAUUUAAGACUGAACAAAUGUCUAUUCAAUUCUUAUCUAUUAAUAAAUUAAAUCAAGAUCUGAGUUAUCCAAGUAUUAUAUGUAGUACCUUCAGUAAGUGUUAAUGUAUACAUCACAUUUCUGUAGCAAUUCUGAUAAUGUACAAAAUACUUUAUAGCUAUAUAAGUGGAAAUUUAACAUUGUUUUCUGGAAAAUGUCAAUAUUUAUGCUAACUUAUUGUUAUUUAUUUUUUAAACAUAACUUGUACUUAAGAAUAAUUGUAUUGUAACUGUAUUAUAAAUAAAUUG